GAACCGAUUGCUUGGUCAGAAACAACCAAAUAAAAGAAUACCUCUCCAUUCUCAAGAUGGCAUCAGCUCGCCUCCUUGCCAACCUCCUGAUCGGCCUCCUCAUCAUUCAAGCAUGUUCUGCUGCGACCAUCCGCAAUAAAAGGAGUGGAUCUCGCUCUAACUCUAACUCCAGGGAAAGCAGCGAAGAAGUGGCUCCAAGUGGAUCUGGUUUCUCGGGCGCUUACACCGACCCACCAUCCACUGUAGCUCCAACAACCACUGUAGCUCCAACAACCACUGUAGCUCCAACAACCACAACCACUGUAGCUCCAACAACUACAGAGGAGAUAGAUUCAUCUUUCUCUUCCCUCUCAAGCUUUCAACCUGAUCGUUAAGAGUUGGCGUCUCAGGUCUCCAAAAAGGAAGCGGGCGGGAACGUUAAACAUUUUUUUUGCCUUAAUCUUGCAAUGCUGGUGAGCUAGCUGUGUCUGAGGUUAUUGACGUCACUUUAAAUGUUACUACGACAAUCUUUGAUUUUGAGAUUUAAGUACCACUAAACUGUAUUAACAAACUGGAUUUUUCUGGUGUUGGUAUUCAGCCUUUAGGCGUCAUUAAACUUGCUACCUGUAUCCUGAUUCGAUACAGGCAAAGGAAGUAAAGAAUGUUCGUGUAGGCCUGCUUGGUGCUUUAUUUCAAACUUGUAAUACGUAAUGUGAACUAUUACAUCCACUCCAUCUCAAAAAUAAUAACCCCUUACCUGUUUGCUUAUAAUGAUUAUGUAAUGUAAUACUUCAUAUUUGCUGGAUAAGAUUAUUGUAUAAUUUAAACUUUGAAGAACUGAAUUGGAGUUAGUACCCAAGACACCGCAUACAAAAACAAACACCGAUUUAAAGCACAGCUAGUCACCGGACUAUUCAUUUGCAUAUUAUUCUGCAAGAUUUUUUAACAUGCAAAUGCUCCAAUACCAGGGUGAGAGGGCGUACUGCUCGACUCCAAGGAAACGAGGUUGGGCCUACUGCGAAGUAU